AUGGAAAAAGAGAAGUUCCAGCAGAAGGCUCUGAAGCAAACUAAGCAGAAGAAAUCCAAGUCGGCUGAAUUUCUGAUGGUAAAAGAAGAGAGAGCAGCAACAGAAGGCAUUGAAAAUCCAGCUUUUAACAACAGCAGCACAGAUCUUUCAGCAUAUCAGCCUUCAGAAGAGAAAGUUAUUAGACAUGACAAGCCAGAUAGCACCCUUGCAGCUCACCAACAAAAACUCGGGCUGCAAGCCCAUGCUGAACCAAGAGGAAAUGAAUACAGCAGAAAUUACUUUGACCCGUUGAUGGGUGAGGAAAUAAACCCAAGGCAGUGUGGGAUGGAGGUCAGUGAGGAAGAUCCUGUGAAAUUUGAUGAGCAAAUCCUGUACUCUAAACUGAUUAAGCUUCUAGAUGAAGAAAACAAGACGCUGGACUUCCAAGUCCGUGUCAUCAGUGAAGAUUUUCCAGAUGCUGUAAUGCCUGUCAACUCCAGUAAGGCAUGUGACCUUCACAGGGAGAUUGAAGAUGAAGAGAUUCCUUCAUAUAUCGAACAGUUUGAGAGAGAUGUUCAAGAUGACAUAAUUCUGCUUGGCAGCUUUUCACUGGAACAGCCUGUUGGACUGCGGGAAGGGUCACAAGGUGUCUCUGACAGCCCCAACCAGGCAGCCAGCUACCAGCUCUGCGGGAACAGAACUCCAGAGCAGAGCCCGCUCCCAGCCCUUCCUGGGGAAGUGGUGGUGAGAAGUCAGCUACUGAAAACAGAGGAGAGUGGAAUUGAAGAAGAAGUGGUAACCAGCUUUGGUAAACUUGCAGGUGUGAAUACUGGAUUAAAUGGAGCAGCAAAUGGAGCAGAAGGACCUUGUGGGAAGUUUAAGAGGAUAGAAUUUCGCAGGUUUCAAAAUGUGCUUUCCAGCAAAAGUAACCAUAUGCUUCAAGAGAAUGUCUAA